AAUAUGGAGUGGGUUCUUAGGAGUCCACAGAUCCAUAGCAUAUUCAGCAAUCUUGGCUUUAUGCACGCAGGUGGAUAUCACGUAAAUGACAACUGUAAUGCUGACCUAGAAACCAUUUUACACAAUAUUUUGACUGAAGACAAGUAUCUACGGACAUACCGCAGGAGCAUCAGUUUCGGACAGAACAUAAAAAAAGACUUAAUACCUCUCUUGAUACACGCCAAGGAAGAUAAAACUAUAGAACUACUAGUGAGAAUACUAGUCAAUCUGUCCAUACCCAUAGAGUGCUUGCUAUCAGUUGAAGUAACAUCGCAAUCAGAUUUUGGUUUACAUAUAGUAUUUGAAAUAAACCAGUUACUGACCGCCGCAAAAGCGGCCUUUACUGGUCCGCGAGCAACAAAAGUAGUUGUCGACUUUUUAAAGAAAAAUGUGGAUCCUAAUCAACCAAGAGUGUCACUGGAACAAUGUGACAAUAUAAGUAAUAUUCUUUUGUUAUUAAGAAACAUACUGCAUAUACCAGACAACGUUGAAAGUCUUAUUUCAGGCAAAAAUAAUGGAUCUGGUCACGCCGUGCAAAAUCAGAUUCUCUGGAACAUGUUUAGCCAAAGCGUUGAUAAAGUCUUGAUUAAGCUAAUGAUUAUACCGGAAGCGACUAAUUGGGGAGUAACAAUGGUACAAAUUGUAGCACUGAUGUAUAAAGAUCAACGUGUUGUUAAAUUGCACAAACUUCUCAAUAUGUGGCUGGAGUCUUGUAAUUCUGAGAGUUCAGAAGACAAUGAAAGUAACACUUCUCCACUGGAUAGAGGUAGUGAAGAUUCGUCACCUAUGCUGACAUCAGAUUCGUCAGAUCCGCUUAACGAUGAACCAAAUUCGGAGACCAAUGGAUGGGGAAUGUCCGAAAACAAUACAAUAAAAGAUGUCAAUCAACAGUUUCAACCUCCGUUACCUGAUGAGAAUGACAUUCACAUGAGGGACCAACACGCAUCGACUGGCGAUGGAAAUAUGAAGUCUGAUAAUAAAGAAAAAGGGAUGUCAGAAGAUUUACCAACCGAGACAAAUAAUAAUCAACAGCCAGCAAAAGCUAAGAAGAAUGGGAAAGGAAAAUUAUCUGAAAUCAAAAAUCAAGAGUCAUUUUCUACUUCAAGCAACGAUGACGAGAUAUUAUUAUGUUUUAAUAAACCAGUUCAUCAAAAACCUCACAAUCCUAAACAAAGAGUGAACACUAAGGCACGGACUGGUGAUACAUUACAAGAGAGAAAGCGUAAAAAGAUAAAUAAAAGGGGUAAAGCGAACAUCAUAAACGUACAAGGGCUCACUAAUAAAGUUCCAACAGAUGAUGAUAUAUGCUAUGUACUUAAAGAAUUUACUGUUGACUUUUUACUCAAAGGUUACAAUUCUUUAGUACAAACACUACAUAGUCAAAUCCUCACAAACCUAUUAUUGGAAAUCGACACGUCACAUUUUUUCUGGUUAGUGACCUAUUUUCUGAAGUUUGCUAUCCAAAUCGAGGUGGACAUAGAAGACAUUUCCGGUAUAUUAUCCUUUGAUAUAAUAUCGUAUUUGACCGCUGAGGGUGUCAAUUUAUGUGAACAAUUUGAACUGGAUGUUAAGCUAGACAGAAAUGACUUGACCCUAAGUAGUCGGCGACUUCAUCUGGUUGUUACAGCCAUCAGAGAGUUUGUACAAGCCAUUGAAAUGUACAAAAAGUUUCCGCAUGUUAGCACCGUUGAUAAAGAUGCCCUUAUAACAUUACAAAACAAAAUGUGUGAAACCGAUGAAUUGAGGUCACUUUUAGUGCUGCUGUUACGUCACUAUAAUCCUAAAUACAAUUCCAAGCAGUAUUUACAGGACCUCGUUGUAGCAAACCACAUACUGCUGACAUUUUUGGAUAGCGCCAUGAGAAACGAGAACUACACUGGAUCUACCGACAUUGUAGAACACAUUAAACAGUUCGCGACCCCUGAAAUAAUGUACCAAUACGGGCUACUGCUAGAAGACUACGCAGUGAACGGGGAGUUCGUCAACGACUGCGUGUUUACGAUCAUGCACCACGUGGGAGGGGAGCUGGACAGUUUGAACACUUUAUAUCAACCUAAGAUAUUAAAGACGUUCACUUCUAUUUGGAAGUCUGAAUUUGAAGUUUGCGACGAUUGGUCUGAUUUAAUACAAUACGUGAUAAGCACAUUCACAAAGAAGCCGCACGCGCUGUCAACUAUUGCCAAUUUUAGAAUAGAUACAAAGAAAGAUCUCGAGUCUGUGGCCAAAGGGGGGAAGAAAAAGUCUGUACACAGCAGUGCGGGUCACUCAUCUAAUUCAAGGUGGACUGAACAUGAACUGUCAGCUUUAAAUUGGAAUUAUCUGCAAUGCAACACUCAUCCAGAUGUCAUCGGCGAAAUAUUAAGAUGCCUUAAAGAACACGGCACAGUUAAGUCUAAAUAUUCUGUGAUCAGAGAAUUAUUCAUGAGAAAUAUAAUAAACAAACAGGAAUAUGAAAAACUAUCCAAGUCUGAAGUUAAGGCCGAUAAGGGCGCUAAGAUGAACAACGAAAUAAGGGGUGUCAAUAUUGGAAAGCUUUGUGAGCAACUAAGACAAGACGGAAAAACGAAAUGUUUGGACUGGGUUCAACAAGUUUUACUCGAAACUUGUUACGCAAAAUUGCAAAUCGAGAAGAGGUAUCGUAGGGAAUGCGGCACGACCGCGGGUCAAACGGGUAUCCAUUAUUUCAAGUUGUUUAAUCAAGGCCAAGGGUUCAAUUCGCCAGUGAUGUCUCCUGUGUCCUAUCACGCUCUACUCCUUAAUCAGUCUAUGCCCCUGGUACCGUGGACUUGUGAACAAGCUGCCAUCUGCAGGGAUUUAAAGUUUUUGCAACUGCUACAUAAAUUGGGGUUCCAAAUGCCGGUUGACACCGGCAAAGUAUUUAUAAGGAUACCGCACGUCUGGACAGCUGAUGUCUUGUACGAAGUGGCUGGCAAAAUCGCUGUUAUUGACACAACAAAACUAAAAUUCUCCAUCAACGAUAUAACUAGUAGCGGGUCUAAGAACGCUAAGCAGCAGUGCAACUCGCCGCUGACGCCGCCGCCGCCCACCAAGGACGUCACAUCGACGAUCGCCGCGCCAGAGAACUUCUAUCAGAUACACAAACAGAAACACGUCGCUGCUAUUAUGAAUUUUACGCCUAGGUACGAGACGCUGCUUCAUAAUUAUUUUUUUAUGGGAAAAUUGACCCUCCAGUAUUCUAUCAUCUUGGGGGAUGAAUUGCCAGAUUCGUCAGGCGACACGGAUGUUCGAAACGAAAGCAAAUUAAGUUGGCUGGCAGUAGUGCAACAGUCUCAAGAGCUUAGAUUGACUUGUAACGUGAGAAGAGACCUGGAGGAGCUAAGGCAGUCGAAGGUGCCGGCGGCGGUGCAGCGAGCGGCGUCCGCGCCCGUCCUGCCAGCGGCGUCCGCGCCCGUCAUGUCCAAGGUCCUGCUUCCCAAGGGCUGCAUCGCUCAGCUCUCGGAGUUGGAAGAUAACAAUAGUGUCCUCGAAGACUUGGAGGAGCUAAGGCAGUCGAAGGUGCCGGCGGCGGUGCAGCGAGCGUCGUCCGCGCCCGUCCUGCCAGCGGCGUCCGCGCCCGUCCUGCCAACGGCGUCCGCGCCCGUCCUGCCAACGGCGUCCGCGCCCGUCCUGCCAACGGCGUCCGCGCCCGUCAUGCCAACGGCGUCCGCGCCCGUCCUGCCAGCGGCGUCCGCGCCAGUCAUGCCCGAGGUCCUGCCUCCCAAGGACUUCAUCGCUCAUCAGCUCUCGGAUUUGGAGGAUAACAACAGCGAUAGCGAAACGGAAUCGGUCGCAUCAGACCUAACCCGCAUGUACGUUUCGGAUGAGGAGGAAAAAUUGGAGAUAGCGCUUCGGUCGAGCGUCACAGCGAACGCCAUUGACGGUGGCGAGGCCGGCCGCCCGCUCCGCCGCGCUGAGAGUACUGGCUUAGAGUACUAA